AUCGCGUUGACAGGUCCCGCUCUCUUUCUUAUCACAUGGACGAGCCAGUGUGCACGCUCGCCCUCGCUCGCGUGUCUCGCACGGCUUUCAUUUCCUUAUAUAGCAAAACGGAGCAUCGCAGUGAGGAAACCGCAUUAUCAUGAGCACGACAAUUACCCAGGAGAUCUACAAUGAGGAGAUCAGGGAGUUGAUGGAAGGCCUGUGUUUGACCGAGGAGGAGGCAAUCGAGGACGCUGUCAAAUGCUACGAAAUGAAAGGGAUUGAUCUGAGCAACAUCGUCACAGAUUUAGUUCUUGAGGACAAAUAUAAGCAGAUAGUGGCAUGCUUGGAGCGGCUGACGUGCGCUGUGAACGACAAGAGUUACGAAUGCGUGCCGGAGACGUUGCAAGAACUGCGAGCCGAGUUGGAUAAGGACAUCGCACACAGGGUUUUCGCGGGCAAACGCAAAUGUUACAACAUUCUGAUCGAUCUCCUGAAAGAUUGCAAGAAGAAUCACGUGAUACUUAAGUCGACCCUAGAGACAAUCACGUCAUUAAUGUCCGGCUAUCCGGACUUGCUGGAUGACGAAGGGGUUGCGUUGCAAAUAGAGAUUUUGCAGGGACAUUGCGACACGGUAACGUUACAAUAUCUGCUGCGUUGGAUACGAGAAUGCUGCAUAAAGCAUGAAUUAAAUAGGCAAAAGAUCUUCGACACCAAUAUCUUUGAGAAAUUGAAGAAGAUAUUGGUGCGCGCAGAUGUGGACUCCCAAGAGAUCAAGGAUGCAUGUUCGGUAAUCAGAGCGUUGGUGCUGGACGAUGAUAUUAGGCACGAGUACGGAAAGGCACACGAACAUGCGACUGUCAUGGCAAAGGGUGCUCUCGACGUCAUCACGGGAUUGUUGAAAAGAUUUAAAAAGGACACGAAGGUCAUAGGCGACCUAAUGAUCACAUUGGCCGCGUUGGUUGUCCGAAAUGAAUUCUGUCAGGAAGUAGAGGAUGCCGGGGGAUUGAAAUUCAUUUUGGAUAUAAUGACUGAAUAUCCAGAUUCCGAAAAAUUAAAUUGGCAGGCUUUGAAGUUGCUCAAAGCGCUCGCGGGUAACGACAAUGUAAAGUCUCACAUCAUCACUUCCGGAUGCGCUCCUUUAAUCGUAUCCGUUAUCAGUAGAAUGAAAAGAUCGGAGAACGUCGUAACUGCGGGAUUGAGUUGCAUAUCGGCGUUAUCUUUACGAAGCACUUCGAAUUCUGGUGUAUUCUACGAUUGCGGCGCGGCCCAAGUGAUCGUAGACGCUAUGAAGGCUUAUCCUAAUAAUGUAAACAUUUUAAAGCAAGCCUCUUGGGCGAUCAGAAACAUGUCGGUGCGAAACAAAUCCGAAUCUAAGGAGUUCUUGAUGUACGGUGUUGAAGAAAUACUACGAGAGACGGUACGUUUACAUGGUCCGAAAUUAGAGGAUAACGCGAAAGCCGCGUUGAGGGAUCUGGGCCUGAAGGUAGAUUUAAAAGAGAGAUGGACGGGAAAGGGCGUCAGUCUGAACAAUGAGCGUUAUUAAUCAUUGGCGGCAACAUCGUCAAAGUAUAGUAUCUAGAUUAUUUACUACAAAUACAUGAAGAUCCAGUUUGAAUCUUGUAUUUUGCUUCAUCUUACCUCGCAAUGCUAUGCAUUAUUUAAUAAAAAUCUUAGCUAACGUAAAGAUAAGAUAUUUUUGUGCUCAACAUAUCAAAUAAAAUGUGGAUUUUGUAAAAUUGUCAAAUGCUGUUUUAUGUUACAGUUUUAACGACAUUUCGUGACAUUUUAGCAGUUUAACUGCUGAAUUAGAGUUAAUUUGGAACAAGGCAUUUU